GAGUGAUCCAUUGUGAUGUUUUGUUUCCUUUCUGCAGGUUUUGUUCAGUCCCUGCAGUACUACUACCAGAGUGGCUGUUUGUACCGACUCAGAGCGCUGGGGGAGAGACACAACAUGGACCUCACAGUCGAGGGCUUCCAGUCCUGGAUGUGGAGAGGCCUGACCUUCCUGCUUCCCUUCUUGUUCUUCGGUCAAUUUUGGCAACUGUACAACAGCAUGACGCUUUUCGAGAUGUUCCAGCUCCCAGAGUGCAAAGAGUGGCAGGUGUUGAUGUGCGGCUGCUCCUACCUGGUGCUUUUCAUAGGAAACCUGUUCACCACACUGGGCGUGGUUUACCAGAAAUAUGUAAACAACGCAGACAAGCCCAAGACUGAAUGAGCGCGCCGCAACCAGAACGGAUCACCAACAUGGCCUCAGAACCAAACAGAAACCCUUGUCAGAGUUCUAAGGAGCUAAAUUUGGGCCAUAAACUUUGUUCAAAAGAAGAAAAAAAUGAAUUAAGCAAAAAAAUGUGAAACUGAAAAAGAUGUUCAAAACUGCUUUUCAGAUUCAAUGUUUUUAUUUUCCCCCAGUUUCAGUUUUUUUUUUCUUUUGAACAAACUUUAUGGGUUUAGCUCCAGCUUAUGGAACUACUCCAUAGAGUUCCUCUGUCAUGACCCCCGUCCUUGUGGACCAUUUCACUGUUUGAAUGUGAUUUCAGAUUCCUGAGUUUUAUGUUUGUAUAAAUUGAAAUCAAAUUAACGUUAUUAUACCGACUAUUUUUUUUUUUAAAUCAAGAAGUUUCUUCAUAGCUUUCUUUUUCUUACAGUAGGAACGACCGUCCAUUUCAGAGAUUGUGAAAGUUUUAAGGGAUGUGUGUAACUUGAAUCAUAUUUAUUUAAAACUUUGUGACUUUGCUCAGGAGCUGCUCCGUUGUAAUAAAGAGCUCUGCAAAAUAAAA